CAGAGACAACGUUUCGACCAGACACUAGAAUUUUUCGGAAUACGUCAACUUGAUGAAAUUACAAACUGGUGCUUCCAUUCACAUUUUGUAAAAUUUAUUUGGCAUUGUUUUCGUUUUAAAACGAACUAUCAAAAAUGAUAAUUUAAUUUCAAGUCUCGUGCAACUUCGUAGUGAAUUUCAUCGCAGAAACCUUUUGGAAAUGGUGAAAAUUUUAUCGAAAUUACAUAACCUUCAUCAGUAAAGAAGAACAAGAUAUUCCAAGAAUUCAUCAUUGCACUACAAGCUGUCUUGUAUGUCUGCAGUGAAAGUUAAAGAUGUUGAUGUGCCAUUCCAUAUUGAAACAACCAAUAAUUCUAGUCAACAGCUGAAUUCAACAAGUACUGCAACAAUGAAGAGUCAUUCUAAUAACAAUAGCUUGUCCCUGCUUAACCAUAUCAAAUAUCAACAUCUUUUGGCGGGUGUUUCAGGAGGAGCGAUAUCCACGCUCUUACUACACCCUCUUGACUUGAUGAAAAUUAGAUUCGCAGUCAGUGACGGUCGUUCUGCAGUUCCUCAAUAUAGCAGUUUAUCAAGUGCAUUUUAUACUGUGGUCCAACAAGAAGGGGUCAAAGGCUUGUAUAAGGGAGUUGCACCUAAUGUAUGGGGAUCUGGUAGCGCAUGGGGCUUCUACUUUCUCUUCUAUAACUCCAUAAAAAACUAUAUUCAAGCCGGCGAUAGCCGAUAUCCAUUAGGCCCUACCCUCCACAUGUUAGCAGCAGCUGAAGCUGGGGUGCUCACGCUGCUGGUAACAAAUCCAAUUUGGGUGGUCAAGACUCGUUUAUGCCUGCAAUAUGGCAUUAGAGGGAAUAUUCCACAAGAUUCCGCUACAUUUUAUAACGGAAUGGGAGAUGCUUUAGUUAAAAUUUACAAAACCGAGGGGUUGCGAGGUUUAUAUAGGGGCUUUGUUCCUGGUAUGUUUGGGGUCGUUCAUGGGGCAAUUCAAUUUAUGACAUAUGAAGAAAUGAAAACAUUUUACAACCAAAAACGCAAACUACCCCACGAUAAUAAACUGACAACAGGGGAAUACAUUGGAUUUGCAGCUAUAAGCAAACUGUUGGCUGCCGCGUCAACAUAUCCUUAUCAAGUAUUACGUACUAGACUGCAAGAUCAACAUCACAAUUAUAAGGGAACAGUAGAUUGUAUUAAGAAGACUUGGAAAUAUGAACGAAUUAGGGGCUUUUAUAAAGGACUGGCACCUUACUUACUGCAUGUGACUCCCAACAUCUGCCUAGUCAUGCUUAUAUAUGAGAAUUUCACUAACUAAAACUUAGCUAAAUAAUAUUUAAUAAGGAUUUUCUUUAAAAUGCAUUAUCAACAGAAGUUUUUUGUAGUACUAAUUUUUUAGGCCCCUUUAACACCCUUCGAACCCCAUUUAUUUUCUCAUAUUAAUUAAAUCUGAAAGUGAUUGAAUUAAUUGGCAUGUAAUGACAAUUUUUGAGUCUUGAUUUUAUGAAAUUAUAAGGAGGGUAUAAAAUAGACGGCAAUAAGUUUAUCACCCUAAGAAAUUUAGAUUUAGAGAAUAAGGCUUGUGAUUGGGUUUUUUUUUUAUAGAAGUUGAUUUUUUAUUGCCCUGUGAAAUGAUAUGUACAUGUGAAUACCAUUUUUAACAACAAACUGAAUCUCUUCUAUCUACUACAGAUUGAAUUUUUGUUGAUAAGUUGUGUUCUAAAGAAAGUUUUAGGCAAAUUUUCAAUUAACUUAUUUUUUCCUUCAGUUAGUUACCAAUUCAAUUAUUAAUUUAUACGUUAUACUGUAGGGGCCGCAAAAAUGUGACAUAUCAUGGAAAUGACAAGCAAAUAAAUUACCCAUAUUUUUUUAUGAAAAAAACUUGAAAAUUGGAACAUUUUAGGUGUUGUUUAAUGUCUUAGUUAUAUUUCUUUAUAAUAAAUUAUUAUAUUGUUUAGCCUAAACUAAGUUAUUCUGAAAAUUACUCUUAAUUUACAUACCGCGAGCUGUGUAAAGCAAGUUGCUAUUGUAAAAAUAGUUCCAUAAAUUAUUUUUGUAUCGAAAAAUAUUGAGGAAGGUGAUUUGUUAGUAUUUUUUCUGUUUGAGCAACGUUAAGAAAUA